CCAGACGUAUUCACCUAAAAGAAGGCAAUGGCAACAUCUAACUCCAAUAGAACAACGGCUCCCUAUGGUUCCUGGAAAUCACCCAUCACCGCCGAUGCUGUCUCCGGCGCCUCUAAGAUGCUCGGCGGCACCGCUGUCGACGGCCGUGGCCGCCUCGUUUGGCUUGAAUCGCGUCCCACUGAAGGAGGACGGGAGGUUCUUGUUGUUGAGUCGGAAAAUCCAGAAGGGGCUGGAGUGGACGUGACUCCGAAAGAGUUUGGAGUAAGGACACUGGCCCAAGAGUAUGGAGGUGGUGCUUUCACUGUUUCCGGGGAUCUCGUCUUUUUUGCAAACUACAAGGAUCAAAGAUUGUAUAUGCAAUCCCUCACUGCUUCAGAUGUGGCUCCUAUACCUCUCACUCCAAGUUAUGAUGGAGCCUUAGUCAGCUAUGCAGAUGGAAUAUUGGAUCCACGCUUUAACCGCUUUAUCAGUGUAAGGGAAGAUCGACGAGAGAGCCGUCUUAAUCCACCUGCAACAAUUGUGUCCAUAGCACUUGAUAGCAAGCAUGUUCAGGAACCCAAAGUUCUAGUUGAGGGGAGUGACUUUUAUGCCUUCCCACGUCUUGAUCCUAAAAGUGAAAAAAUAGCAUGGAUUCAGUGGAGCCACCCCAACAUGCCAUGGGACAAAUCAGAACUUUGGGUUGGAUAUAUUUCUGAAAAUGGAGAGAUCUACAAGCGAAUGUGUGUUGCCGGGGAUGAUCCUUUGCUCGUGGAGUCGCCAACAGAACCUAAAUGGUCCCCUAAUAGCCAGCUUUUUUUCAUCACCGACAGGAAAAAUGGUUUCUGGAAUCUCCAUAGAUGGAUUGAAAGUGAGAAUAAGGUGGUGCCUGUUUAUUCUUUGGAUGCUGAGUUUACAAGGCCAUCGUGGGUUUUUGGUUUCAACUCCUAUGAAUUUGUUCCAAGUCAUGACCAGAGAAACAAAAUCAUUUGUAGUUACAGGCAGCAAGGGCGGUCUUAUCUUGGAAUGAUUGAUGAUGCGCAGGGCUCAAAACUAACUCUGCUUCAUAUUCCUUUCACUAAUAUAGACAACAUUACAUUUGGUAAUGACUCCCUAUUUGUUGAGGGAGCUUCCCCAGUUCAUCCAUCAUCAGUGGCCAAGGUGACUUUAGAUGAUGAUAAAUCAGAAGUAGUCAACUUCAAUAUCAUAUGGUCCUCCUCACCUGACAGCUUAAAAUAUAGUUCAUAUAUCAGUAAGCCAGAGCUGAUUGAAUUCCCAACUGAGGUUCCUAGUCAAAAUGCUUAUGCAUAUUUCUAUCAACCAACUAAUCCUUUUUACCAACCUAAUCAAGGAGAAAAGCCUCCUCUGUUACUGCAAAGCCAUGGAGGACCAACUUAUCAAGCACAUGGAAUUUUGGAUUUGAACAUUCAAUAUUGGACUAGUAGAGGUUGGGCAUUUGCUGAUGUUAAUUACGGUGGUAGCACUGGUUAUGGCAGGAAGUACAGAGAACGGCUUUUGGGACAGUGGGGAAUAGUUGAUGUCAAUGACUGCUGUAGUUGUGCUAAAUAUUUGGUGAAGAAGGAGAAGGUAGAUGGGGAGCGUCUUUGCAUAACAGGGUGCUCUGCUGGUGGAUACACUGCCUUAGCUGCGCUUGCUUUUAGGGAUACUUUUAAGGCUGGAGCUUCUUUGUUCGGUAUAGCUGAUUUGAACAUGCUGAGUGAAGAAUCUCUUAAAUUUGAAUCCCAUUACAAUGAUAACCUUGUUGGAACAAAAAAGGAGUGCUUUGAGAGAUCUCCAAUCAAUCAUGUUGACAAAUUUUCUUGUCCCAUAAUUUUAUUCCAAGGAUUGGAGGACAAGAUUGUGCAGCCUAAGCAAGCACGAAAAUUUUACCAAGCACUGAAAGAGAAAGGUCUCCCAGUGGCUCUUGUUGAGUAUGAAGGAGAACAACAUGGUUUUCGAAAGGCUGAGAGCAUUAAGUUUACACUUGAACAACAAAUGGUCUUCUUUGCGCGAUUGAUUGGGAAAUAUAACGUUGCCGACGAGAUUACUCCCAUCAAAAUUGACAACUUUGACACUUAACGGAGUCAUGUAGUUUUUGCUUCAUUUUCUUGAAGUUGAUUAAGGAUUUGUUUUGGUGAGUUUCUAAGAAAA